AUGGCAACGCAAAACCAAGAUCGCCUCCGCACACACUUUUCCUCGGUUCCCGACACGGCCCAUAAUGAUCGCUGGGACGAUCUAUGGAAAGAAGCAAACUUCUUACCCUGGGACCGCGGCCACGCGAACCCCGCGUUGAUAGAUCUUUUGGACCAACGUUCUAGACCCCUUAGUUCACCGGACCCAAACCCUUCGCUGGGCGCGCCGCCACCAAACAGCGAGUCCCCAGGCUACGCAUCGCUGCCGUCAGCACUGAGUUCAGAUGGGCGACGCCGCCGAGUUUUGAUACCGGGAUGCGGCAAGGGAUACGAUGUAGCCUUGUUUGCCGCACAUGGUUAUGACGCGUACGGCUUGGAGGUCUCUUCUCAUGCGGCCGAUGCUGCGCGGAAAUAUCUCGAGGAUCCAGGAAAAGGACCAGUAGAGGGGGAGUACAGUGUCAGAGAUGAGAAGGUUGGCAAGGGGGCUAUGAAAGUGGUGUCUGGUGACUAUUUUGAGGAUACAUGGCUAAAGGAUGUGGAGGGAUGGGGUGCAGACGACGGAUUCGAUAUCAUUUACGAUAAUACUUUUCUGUGCGCCCUCCCCCCUCCCCUCCGUCCGAAAUGGGCAUCUCGAACCGCAUCUCUUCUUCGUCGUCCGUCCCCAAACAGCACUCUCUCUGGCGGGGUACUCAUCUGUCUCGAAUUCCCUACACACAAACCCGUGUCUUCAGGUGGCCCCCCAUGGUCCCUACCACCUCUGGUACAUGCUGAGUUGCUCAAACGGCCGGGCCGAGAUAUACAGUACGAUGACCAGGGUGUGGUUAGAAAAACCGAUGCGGAAGAGACGGAUAAUGCGUUGGUCAAGAUUACGCAUUAUACACCGAAGCGUACGCAUGAUGUUGGGAUUAUCAAGGGUCUCGUGCGGGACUGCGUGAGUAUGUGGCGACACAAAGCGGACUGUCCGGAAGGUGCGAGGUGGCAUUGAGCUUGGCUGAGCGGGGCGCCAUAGUGAUAGCCGUCACUUAUCCCACCUUCCGCAAAGAGUUGUAAUGCUCACCUAACCCAUGACUGUGCUUGUAGUAACCCAGCCAUAUCUCUUCCA